GACAGCUCUCUCACACAUCCUGUUGGUGAAGAGCCGUGUAGGAUCCCUGCAGUUACUGCCUGACGCUAGUCAAAUUUUCACCAUUCAUUGUCUCCGCUCGAUUCCUGCUUCAGCUUACCCUCAAAGAAAACAAUGGGGACGAAGUGACGGACUCUCGCGGUUCAUUCAGAUCUUUAUUUAAAGUUAUUUCAACAAACGGGAGAAUGUUCUUCGUUAUCGUGUUUGUGAUCACUUUUGCCUCUGUUGUCAUAUGGCAGUUUGGCUAGUAGGGAAAGCCGAAACUGUUUUCACUAUAACGUCAGAAAAAUAUGAGAAGAGACGUCGGGGCAGACUUGGCUGAAGUCACACAUACAAACACACCCAUGAAAAAAUAAUCUGUAGAGUAUUUCACAAGAUAAAUGUGUUCACAGAUUAAGUGACAGAUACAGUAUGUUGAAGAAACAAACAUUGUUCUGACGCGGACAAUUACAAGUCUAUCCGAGGCGUAAACAUCAUAAAGGAACCUGCUGCCUCCCGUGUUCCACCCCUCUCACUGGUGGACGCUACACCAUGAGGAACCGACAGGACCAACAGUGUAGGGGGGGUGUGAGGGGCGUCGCGACCCUGCUGCUGCUGAUGGUGGUGACAGGUUUGCUGCGGCCUGCAUCGUGCGAUCCCAUUGUAGCUAAGUGUCCUUCGGGGGGGCCUCUCGACAAUCAAGACGCGUUCUGCAAGUGCAUCCUCAAGCAACUUCCUCGCUCUAGAAGCAACACCGUCAACAUCAAAUGUGACUUCGACAAUAUGGAGGACGUGGUGCUCAACAAGGAGCUCUUCCCAUUCCGUAACGCGAGCCUGGUGAGCGCCUACGUCAGGAUGGUGAACGCCACUAGCGUCCACGUGACGAAAGAGUUUCUGAAGGAAUGGCUGCAGGCGCCCUCAGCGGCUCUGGACAUUUGGCGGGGUGGCAACCUGACGCUGGAAUCCACACCUCCCCUCGACAACCUGGAUAAGUUCUCAUCGUUCAGGACCUUCGCCGGGAUCGGCAUCGUCAGCUGUUACAUCCCGGAGAUCCCCCCCAAGUUCCUGCGGGACCGGACAAGGGCCGGCUUCAGGAUCAAGACCAGCAGUGUGGGCACCUUCCGCACGGGCUUCCUGCACAACAUCAAGGAGAUGCGGUACCUGGUGAUGGAGGACUCGGUGGUAAAGUCGGUGGAAGGGUCGGUGGCCAGUGAGGGCUACGUCAUUCUCAGCAAGCGACAAGUACACACGUGGAGCGGCGUGAGCUUGUCCAACGUGACCUUCCAGAACAUCGGCGCUGGAGCUUUCAACCUCACUCAUCACUCGGACAUGGAAUCGCUGAAUGUGACCAACUGCCGCCUGGGGACGGUGGGGACGGAGGCCUUCACCGUGGUCGGGGACAUCGAAGUGAACAUCACGGGAAACUACGUCCAGAAACUCGAAAAAGAAGCCUUUAAGGUGAAGGUGACGGGUGACGUCAAGUUUGAUGAGAACGUGAUUGAGUCCUGGGAGCCGGACGCCCUAGAGGGUCUCAUGUGCCACAACAGGACAUCCCUAGAAAGGAACACCAUACACGUUUCUUCUGCCCAGGACGCAGCGAUCAACGAGUCCUUCACGCUCUUCCACAACACCUGCGGUAACCCACAGCUCUUCCUGAUCAUCAACCCGACCCACCCGGUGAAGCUUCGGGUCAACACCACCUCCACCUGGGUGUUGACUACACUGCUGGUGCUCGUGGUGGCCGUGGGUCUUGGCGUCGUCUUCAACUUGAAAACCAAGGGAGGUAUUACACGCUACUACACCCGCGGCAGAUUACCCAUCAUCCUCAACGGGCGCAAGUCCUCCCAGGAGAACCUCCCCAACAGUGCCGAGGUCAACCUGCCUACUGGAGGUUCUACUGAAGAAGGCCAUACCAACCCUAUGUCGGGCACAUGGAAGCUAUAAUGCCUUAGUGACUUAUUCUUGUCAGAUACAGUCUAGCUAUUCUAGCUUAAACCAAGACCACUCUUAACUUAAAGCUAACUCCACACAUGACUUAGCUGCCUUGAAGACAGGACUUGGACAACUCAAAAUAAUGUUUAGCGGAGUCAAAAAACAGGAUCCAACUAAAUCCUAUCUUGAGUCAACUCUUAACACUGCUUAGAUGACUCAAAACAAGAUGUCGGCUCAGUCUGAAACCUCGGGUAACACACUUGCUUAGAUGAUUUAGAGGUAGAACGCAAGACGAACCUCAGAAUUUAAGUGAAACACAAAUUAUCUUACAUAAACAAUUAAUCUAAAAUUCGGUUAAUUUAUGACAAAAUUCAGCACAAUAAGACUGAGGACGCGACAUAUUUAAGACAUAACCUUUCUAAAUGAAGUCGAGACUCAACCAUAAAUAGGGAAAUAAUCUGAAGUUGGACCAUUAUAAAAUUAAAUACUGUUAUCAUCUCAUAGGAAAACUGUCAACAUUACACACAUCUGUUUAUUAUAUCUGAGGACCUGACAACUUGACGUAAAGAUGUAAACUAUUCUGAACAUUGUUGUUUGUUCCCCUUGAUCUGUCUCUACACUUUCCACACUUGUCUUGAACCUCCCAUAGCUAAUAGAUGUAUUCUAGUAUUUCUAAACAAUUUACAGCCAUCAGGUAAACAAGACAGACGCACAUAAUAGCUAUACUUACAAUAAAAAAAAAGUAUUUCGCUUUGCAUGUAUGAUUCGUUGUAUUCUGUAUAUGCAAUGAUGUAAUAAAGUUCACCCCUUA